UUGUCAUGGUGACGUAAUGAUUCCUCUAUCUGUAUCGGGCCCAAUGGGUUCUCUGCUAUCGUUGGAUGCAGCCAUUUCGUCAUCAGAAUGUCAGGUAACCCAGAGAAACAUUUAAAGACAGUUUGGAAUAAUGAAUGAAAAUCAAAAUGAAAUCAAACAUUUAUUAUACAUAUUGCCCCCUGAAUGCAUCUCAAUAUGAAACACCACAUGUCCUCAGAUGUUUCACUGUCCUCAGGUCGUUCAGCUUUUGGAUCUUUUAGCUGGAGGUUGUAUGUCAGAGUUCUGAGGCGCAUCAUCUCCUUCAUCACUGUCCUCUUGCUCACCUAGAGCAGGUCAGAUACAGAGGAUGUCAGAGGAGCAGACUGUCUCUCUGGUUGAUGUUCUGGAGGAAGAUGAAGAGUUGGAGGAAGAAGCUUCAGCAGUUUUAGCAGGAAGUGACUCUGAUCACUGCUCAUACCCUCAGGGCUACGUGAAGCGGCAGGCUCUCUAUGCCUGCAGCAGCUGCACACCGAAGGGAGGAGAGGCAGCCGGCGUCUGUCUGGCCUGCUCAUACAAAUGUCACGAAGGCCACGACCUCUUUGAACUCUACACCAAGAGGAACUUCCGCUGUGACUGUGGAAACAGGAAGUUCACAGACCUGCAGUGUAAACUCCACCUGGAGAAGGAGGAGCUCAACAGUCUGAAUAAGUACAGUCAGAACUUCUUUGGAGUUUACUGUACCUGCAGCCGGCCUUACCCAGCACAACAGGACCAUGGAAUAACGAGACUCACCUGUUCACAGCAUCUGGGCUGUGAGGUUCCAGACUGUGUGGAGCUGCAGGAGAUGACCUGUGAGUCCUGCAUGAACAAAAGCCCUUUCCUCUGGACCUACGCUGCCCACCUGUCAGUUCCAGCAGUUCAGGUGAAGGAGGAAAGAGAAGAAGACGAGUCAAACACAACCCUUCCUCUCAAAGAAGACAAGGGGGAAGACGCCGUGGAGCCCGGCUGUAAGCGCAGCCGUCAGGAGGCGGAGCCAAGCUGCAGGCUGGAAGAGCUGCAGGCCUUUGAUCACAAAGGAGUCCAAUCAGGAGCCGUGUUCUGGCCCUCAGGGUGGCGCUCCAAGCUCUGCUGCUGCACCACCUGCAAGGGCCGCCUCUCUGCAGCCGGCCUGUCCUUCCUGCUGGACGAGUCGGACACCGUCCUCGCCUACGAGAACAAAGGAAAGAACAAUGAGCAGAGAGCGCCGGGUCACGACCCCCUGAUGUCGGCGCUGGACCAGCUGAACCACGUGCAGCAGCUGGAGAUCAUCCACGGGUACAAUGACAUGAAAAGUGAACUGAAGGACUUCCUGCAGAGAUUUGCAGAAGACGGAAAGGUUGUGACUCCUGAUGACAUCCGUCAGUUCUUUGAGCAGCAGAGUCGAAAGAGACGACGGGAUGAUGCUGGAUGCUUCUUCCCUACCUGAAGACCUUGAAAUGACCUUUGACCUUUUGUGUUCUUAGUUUACUUUGAAGCUGUCCGACUUCCUGUUUUUAACGUGUAUGACCCAGUGGUCACCAACAUGGAUGUCUCUGUUUCCUUUUUAAUAAAACUCAGCUGAACUAUGA